AUGCGGUCCCUGAUCGAGUGUGGCAGGGUGCGUUCUCGUCGGUUGGAGAAAAGGGAGGUGAUGUUCAGACAAGCGGACCCGGAGGUGAGAGCCCGCGAAGCGGCGGCGGCACGAAAGCGCCGGCAAGCGGAUCCCGAGGCGGUGCGGUCGAGGGAUGCUGCAGUCAAGCGCCUCAAGCGGUCGCUACCUGAGGUUGGUGGCACCGAUGCGUACUUUAAGCGCGACUUUCUAGAUCGCAGUAUCGGCCACAGCUGCAUGGUUUGCGACCGCUUGUGGCUCGGCAACAAUUUGACCACCAUUUCCAGCAUCGGAAACGAGCAAUCCCGCGCCAACGCCAUCGCCGUUCUACAGCGGGAGUAUGCCGCCACCAGUCAAGAAGAUCACAGUGAGUACACAGUGUGCCCUACUUGCAAAGGCUCUUUGGUGACGGGCAAAGCCCCGGCGAUGAGCGUGACGUAUGGCUACCGCUACCCGCCCAAACCGGAUCACAUGCCCGAGCUCAACCCGUUGGAAGAACGCCUGAUCGCUCCUCGCUUGCCCUUUAUGAGCAUCAGGCGUUUGACGCAUGGCAGCGGCCAACACGGCAUCAAGGGCCAAGUGUUGAACGUACCCAUAAACGUGCAAAACACGUUGCAGUGCCUGCUACGAAACAUCCCCGACGACGCGGCCUUCGAUGUGCACCUCAAGCGGCGGCUCGUGAACAAACCAUCGUGCAAGGAGGGACUCAUCAAGAAACGAAACGCGCUAGAACGUUCUCCGCUUUAGUAAUACCUAAAGAUCAAGGUCAAUUGGAGUCGCCUCGUGCAGUUUGACGAUGACGUGCAGUGCGAUGACGACGAAAUUGAGCCGACGCCAUAG